ACUUUUUUACCCUCUCACCGCUACUCACCCAAAAUAGUGAUUAGACGAUUCAAAUGAUCAUAGAAUUCCUAAAACCCUAAACCCUCUCCCAUCCCAAAAUCAUUAUUAAGCAUGAGCAUGGAGAAGGAGAAAAAAGCUGAGCUUGCAAGUCUCCUAAAAUUUCUACCCCCUGUAGAGUUCUGCUGUGUUUAUGGCUCAGCUCUCCAUCCAAACAAUUAUAACAAGUCAACGAUGGUGGAUUACAUUCUUGGUGUAUCAGAUCCCAUGCAAUGGCAUUCUCAGAAUCUGAAAAUGAACAGAGAUCACUAUGCCUCAUCGAUGGUGUACCUUGGAGGGGCAAAACUGAUUACUCAAGUAGCAGAUGAAAUUGGUGUAGGAGUACACUUCAACCCAUUUGUUUCUGUGAAUGAUGAGAUGUUCAAGUAUGGAGUUGUUAGGAUGCAUGACUUGGUUGAGGACGUACUGAACUGGGAGACAUUCUACUUAAGUGGUCGUUUACAAAAACCUGUCCAAGUACUCGUGGAUAAUUUGGAUAUUGGAAAUUUAAAUUCUGUUAAUUUGAAGGGUGCAAUCUCUGCUGCCCUCCUCCUUUUGCCAGCCAAGUUCACUGAGGAACAUCUGUAUGCCAAAAUAUGUAGCCUCUCAUAUAUGGGUGACUUGCGGAUGCUAUUUGCAGAGGACAGAAACAAGGUGAAGAAGAUUGUACAAGUGCAGUUUGAUUUAUUCCAAACAAUGUACAAACCAUUGCUAGAAGAGUAUGGAGCCAAAGGGUUAUUACGAUUCUCCUCAUCUGAUGGUCAUCAAGCAAUUAUAUCUCAGGAUUGUGGUUUAUCUGUAGCUCGUUCCCUUGUUUCUUCUCUUCCUUCAAAGGUUCGAAGCCAAAUGGGGAUGAAGCUAGGGGAGAAAACGAAACUCAGUGAAUCAGGACGAGUAAUACGUAAAGUGGUGGUUGGUUCAAGGGAAGAGGCUGCAGAAUGUAUGCGGGGAGUUUUGAGGCGCAAGGUUAUGGUUUCAAGUGCAAGGCAGGCUGUAUCUGGUCUAGUGGCUGUUGGUGGCGUUAAUGCCAUUAGAUAUCUUGCAAAUAAAAUGGAGAAGGCCUGGAAAUCCUGGACAUGAUACAAUUGCAGCUGUUCUUUUGAAAAAAAAAAAGUAGAAUUCUAACACAGGAAGUGGGAAAUGUAAAAGGAAUGCUGAAUGAGGGUUGAAAGAAUAGUUUUCAACUGGAGGUACUCAUGAUGUAUGAACAUUCUCAUCUGUUGCUAAUUCCUGCUGCAUUUGUUGGUUCUUUUUCUUCAAAAGUAUUUUUCUAAGACUUCCCAAGAGACAAGGUGUUAAAACACUAGUACAAAUAAAUUUGAUAUGCAUUGUUGAUUUAACGCCUUAUAGUUUUUUUAUUUUA